AUGGCCAUACCUAUCAAACUAAGAAGAAGCUCGUCCGGGGCUACUUCUCGUACUUCAAAUGCAACUGAGAAACCGGGAUUUACUGAGCCGAAAAUUAAUGAGCGACACUUGCUACUUAAGAUUGAUAUCUUUGUCCUAUCUUUUGUAUGCCUACAGUAUUGGAUUAACUAUGUUGAUCGUGUGAGUUUUGGCAAUGCAUAUGUUACUGGGAUGAAGAAGGACCUUGACCUGAAGGGCAAUGAGUUCAAUCUAAUCAACACAUGCUUCACAAUAGGUUACAUCCUUGGUAUGCUGCCUAAUAACUUGAUACUACUGAAGGUCCAGCCUCGACUAUGGCUUAGUCUGUGUACUUUCCUUUGGGGCAUCCUCACCCUUGCCAUGUACCGCGCCAACUCUUUCCGCUAUUGUUGCGCGAUUCGGUUCUUCCAGGCGAUCUUCGAAAGUUGUACGUUUAGUGGGACCCACUUGAUUCUGGGCUCAUGGUACCGGGAGGAUGAGCUUCCUAUCAGAAGCGCAAUAUUUACAUCAGCGGGUCUAGUGGGUUCUAUGACUAGCGGGCUAAUGCAAGUUGCAAUUUUUAAUGCUAUGGAUGGUACUCGCGGACUUGCUGGCUGGCGCUGGCUAUUCAUAAUAGAUUUCCUUAUUACCCUUCCAAUCGCCGCUUACGGUUAUUUAUUCUUUCCUGGAACACCCGAUCAUACGAUCCGAAGUGCUAAGACACUGCUGUUCAGCGAACAAGAGCUUAGAUACGCCAAGAGUAGAUUGCCGAUUCGCGACGAAACUACCAGAUUGGACUUUUCAGUAUUUAAGCGGGUUCUAGGAAGAUGGCACUGGUGGUUGCUCAGCUUUCUUUGGAUCCUUGGUGGUGAGAACAUCUCCUUCGCCUCCAAUGUCACCUUUUCUCUGUGGUUAACCAACCAGGGUUAUGAUAUUACCGCCCGUAACCACUAUCCUAUUGGCAUAUAUGCUGUAGGGAUUGCUGCAACAUUCCUAUUUGCUGCAUACCUUAACAAGGUACGAAUCGCACGCCAUUGGCACAUCGCCGUGAUACUGGCAAUGCUGUUAUGCGUUGUCGCGAUUCUCAUAAGAGUGGAUCCACUCAAUCACGCGAUGAUGUUUACAGCGCAGUACUUAGGAGGCGUUGCAUACGCCGGCCAGGCCGUAUUCUUCUCUUGGGCCAACGUUAUCUGCCACAAUGAUAUUCAAGAACGGGCCAUCGUUUUGGCCUCAAUGAACAUGUUCUCAGGUGCCGUAAAUGCAUGGUGGUCCUUGCUCUUUUACAGUGCUACACAGGUUCCACGCUUCAAAGAAGGUGCAUACGCUUUGAUAGCUACCAGUAUUGGCAGUGCUAUAAUGUCGGUCAUUAUUCGCGUCUUACAAGUCCGUGAGGUAAAACACAGAUUAAACAAUUUAUCCACACAACUAAAUUACAUAGAUGCUAACACCGCGAUAAGUGAUGAUGGAGAAGACGAUGAAAACAUCUAUUUAGAGUAUCCGUCUCUUCCUUCACCCAGUAGAGCUAUUAAACAGUGA